GUCCUGAGACAGGAAGACAAAGCUGAAGCUAUGUCUGGCCACAUUGAUCAGUUUCUGAUAGCCACAUUCAUGCAGCUAAGGCUUAUCUACAACACACAUAUGGCAGAUGAGAAAUUGGAGAAGGAUGAGAUCAUCAAGUUGUACAGCUGUAUCAUUGGCAACAUGAUUUCGCUAUUUCAGAUAGAGAGCCUGGCCCGGGAGGCCUCCACAGGAGUACUGAAAGAUUUGAUGCAUGGCCUCAUCACCUUAAUGCUGGAUUCUCGAAUUGAAGAUCUAGAGGAAGGACAACAGGUGAUUCGCUCUGUGAACCUCUUGGUGGUGAAAGUUCUGGAGAAGUCAGACCAGACCAACAUCCUGAGUGCGCUACUUGUUUUGCUCCAAGACAGCCUGCUAGCAACAGCCAGUUCUCCUAAAUUCUCAGAACUUGUUAUGAAGUGUCUCUGGAGAAUGGUUCGACUAUUGCCCGACACCAUCAACAGCAUUAACCUGGACAGAAUUCUUCUGGACAUCCACAUUUUCAUGAAGGUCUUCCCCAAGGAGAAACUGAAGCAAUGCAAAAGUGAAUUUCCCAUAAGGACCCUAAAGACCCUGCUGCACACAUUAUGCAAAUUAAAAGGACCCAAAAUCCUAGACCAUCUCACAAUGAUUGACAACAAGAAUGAAUCUGAGCUGGAGGCCCACCUCUGCCGCAUGAUGAAGCACAGUAUGGACCAGACCAGUAGCAAGUCUGAUAAGGAGACAGAAAAGGGAGCUUCGCGAAUAGAUGAAAAAUCAUCAAAAGCCAAAGUGAAUGAUUUCUUAGCAGAGAUUUUUAAGAAGAUUGGCUCCAAAGAGAACACUAAGGAGGGCCUAGCAGAGUUAUAUGAAUAUAAAAAGAAAUACUCAGAUGCCGACAUUGAACCAUUUUUGAAAAAUUCCUCACAAUUCUUUCAGAGUUAUGUUGAAAGAGGACUUCGGGUGAUUGAGAUGGAGAGGGAGGGUAAAGGCCGUAUUCCCACUUCAACAGGCAUCUCCCCUCAGGUGGAGGUCGCAUGUGUGCCCACCCCCACAAGCACAGUAUCCUCCAUAGGCAAUACUAAUGGAGAAGAGGUAGGACCAUCUGUCUAUCUGGAAAGGCUAAAAAUCCUCCGACAGCGAUGUGGUCUGGACAACACAAAGGAUGACCGACCUCCACUGACCUCUUUGCUCUCCAAACCAUCAAUUCCUCCGGUCGCCUCUUCCACAGACAUGCUCCACAGCAAGCUCUCCCAGCUGCGGGAGUCGCGAGAGCAGCACCAGCACACAGAUAUGGAUUCCAACCAGACCCACUCUGCAGGAACUGUGACCUCCUCCUCCUCCUCCACAACUAAUAUUGACGACUUGAAAAAGAGACUGGAGAGAAUAAAGAGCAGUCGCAAAUGAAGCUGCCCAUCCCCCAGAACCCUGCAGCUUUAGUUUACUAAACUAGAAUUCCUAUAGUGUGAAGUGGCCAAGGCAGGCCUAGUGUACACAAACUGGUUGUAAGUAUCUGACUGUGGAUGGGGUUGGAGCAGUAGCGGCACAGGUCUGUAUGUGCUCUGCUUUUCCCCAUUGGCAACCACCUCUAGAAGACUGUCUGUGGAUUAGGUUAGUGUACAGACUUUUAAACAGCUGCCCCCUCAGCUCAGACUAGGUUCCAUAUCCUUUUUCUUUUGUUUUAUUUUUAAUUGCUCAUUUGUAAAAUUGUCCUAAUCUUUCCUAUCUUUUAACUAUUAGAAACUCUUUAAUAGUUUUCCUUUGAGUUUGUGAGAUCUUCUCUCUGUAGCCCUGAAGGGUCACUGUAUUCUGUAUGAAUGCAUGGCAUGAAACAACUAA